UUUUCGUGCCCGACGCAAAUACGUCCGCAUUCUCAGCAACAUUCAGUUUAACACAUUCAACUGAAUUCUGUGGAAUCAAACCAGAAAUGGUUUCCCCGGUCUCAGUGGUGAAGAACGAGGGCCCCAAACUGCUGCCCUUCUUCAAGGCCAUCUGCAUGUACUUCGCCCUGUGGCUGCCCACCUCCAGCCCGUCUUGGAUCAGUGCGCUGGUCAAGUGCCUCCCCAUCCUCUGCCUGUGGGCCUUCCUCCUCGCCCACGGCACCCGCUUCCUGCUGGCCCGCUCCGCCGCCCGCAAGAUUUUGGCCGGCCUGGUCUUUUCCGUGCUGGGCGACGUCUUUCUGGUCUGGCAGGAGGAUGGCUACUUCAGUCACGGGCUGCUGAUGUUCGCUGUCGCCCACGUCCUGUAUUCCUCUGCUUUUGGGAUGAGACCCCUGAACCCACUGGCAGGGGUGGUGGUGGCCUUCCUGUCCCUGCUCAGCUACACCAUCCUGUACCCGUGCCUGUUCGGGCCAUUCACCUACCUGGUGGGCGUGUACGUCGCGCUGAUUGGCCUCAUGGGCUGGCGGGCCGUGGCCGGGGUUCAGCUGGCCAAUGACCUGUGGACGUGGACCCGCCUGUCAGCCUGCCUGGGGGCGGGGUUCUUCAUUGUCUCCGACCUCACCAUCGCCGUGGACAAGUUCUGCUUCCCUGUGCCCAACUCACGCGCCAUCGUCAUGGGGACCUACUACGCCGCGCAGAUGCUGAUCGCCCUGUCUGCUGUGGAGUGCCAGGAGGCAGAGGCAUCGCGGAAGAGGGGAUGAAGUGGGGGCCUCGCCCUGUUCCCUAAAAAGUUAUGGAACGCCUCAUGUUAAGGGCAUAGAGACUACAUCUGUGACCCCCCACACAUGUUGUCAAUAUUGUACACCAGUAAUUCCAUGGAGAUGGAGAGGUGUUUAUAGAGUACACAGUCUGUGAUGCAUAUAGAGCACAGUCUGUGUUACAUACAGUACCGUACAAUAUACUUUAUUGUCCCCGUGGGGAAAUUGGUCUUUGACUCAAAUGCUGCACACAUAUAGCUGCCUCCAUUGUAGUAAUAAUAAAAAACAACCAACAUAAGCAAAUCACAACCACAAAUUACACAUAUUGCACAUAUUACACAACCAGUGAUAAGAACACCAUGAUCGCACAACCCCUGCAGCCUCAAGCAACAUUAUUUAAAAUUUUAAUUGAGGUAGGCACAAAUGAGUUUUUAAAAACGGUUGAGUGUUACAUUGGGGUACUCUAUAUCGUCUGCCAGAGGGUAAGAGCUGAUAUUCGGUGUGGAGAAUAUGAGAUGGGUCAGACAAUAUUCUCUGUGCUUGCCUGAGAACAGACUGCUCAUAUAUUGACUGGAGGGGAGCAGCAGCACAUGAGUCCUGGUCGCAAGCAAGGCAACGCCCCCGGAAAGUGUCCAUGAAGAUCCAUGCACAUGUACAGGAACACAGUGUGUACUGCAUACAGAUACUGUCUGUGUUGUAUGGUGGCAACCUGUACACACAAAAAGCACACAGUAACUGUGCUAUUGCAUCCGCAGUCUGAACUGCGUGCACAGCAGUCACACGGUGUCAGUUUUGCUGUGGAACUGUGCUGACACUCAGCAGUUCGGAAACCUCAUGUGCGUUUGGGGGUGACUGGCCACUCUGAUUGAAAUUCUUUCAAGACAGUGCUUACUCAACAUUUGCAUGCAUAUGUUCUUUCGUUUCAGCACUUUUCUUGUCAGCAGUGUUUCAUUUCAGCCGGUCAGAGUUUACUGUCGUUUGUCUUGUGGCAGAGCACUGUGCCCACAGAGAG